AUGGAGGUAGAUACCCCAGACGAUGGGCAAAUUGCUCUUCGUGAGCUGCCUGACGAAUUACGAGAAAUUAUACGAAUACAACAUACACCGCGAUUUCUGCGAAUCCUCGCGCAAACUGCUUUGCAGCCAGGACUUACACUCCGAGCUUUUACCACAUUUGAGAGCAUUUUUGCAGAUUCGACGGCGAGGUGGGUAGAUGGAAGUAAUGGGGGAAUCCAGAAAAAUGAAGUUAUUGGGGGAUUUGCGAGAAUAUUGCCUCUCGCGCCGCAUCUGUCGACUUACUUGCAGAAAUACCUCGAGAAUACUUCCUCCGCUAAUGGAAAGCCCCCGCAGACCUCGAGGAUAGGAAGCAUGUGGGAGUGUAUGGAACUUUCAAUGUUGGAACUCCAGAGGAUCUUACUCGCGACCUUUCGAUUGUUAAACUUUGACAAAUACACAUUCUCACAGACGAUUUCUGGAGCGCGAAUACAAAGUCUUUUCAAUCAUGCAGACCGCGGGGUACGAUAUCUUGCAGUUCGGGUAUUCAGUCAGCUAUGCUCGGCAUCGGAUCUGAAAUUUGAAGCUAUGAUCGAAGAACAUGUGGGCAAAGAUGCGGUCAUGGGGGAUUAUGAUGGGAAGCUUGUAGAUUAUGGGUUCUUGAGCUUGUUUGAGGAGAAGAGGCUACAGGAGGCAGACAGGGAAAGGAUGGCAAGGAAGGAAGGUUUAUUGGGCCUCGAUGCAUUCAACCUGGGGAGUCUUUCGGAUCUGGUUGUACGUUGUGGAAACACACUACUCCCCCGGCCAAAUGGAGCAUCGCCUCGACCUUCUGCUCUUGUACAAACAGCAACCGCUUCGAGGAACAUGGAAACAUUUGCGAAAUCACUCCUCUCAUCUUCGCCAAUCCUUCUUCAUGGACUUGCUGGCUCUGGAAAGACAUCACUCGUCAAUGAUUUUGCCCGUGAGCUCGGCGUUGACACGAAUAUGGUCUCACUUCACUUGAACGAGCAAACUGAUGCCAAGAUGCUCAUCGGAAUGUAUGCUACGGGAUCAACUCCAGGAUCAUUUACAUGGAGACCUGGAGUUCUGACAACUGCAGUCAAGGAAGGUCGAUGGGUGUUUAUUGAAGAUCUUGACCGGGCGCCAAAUGAAGUGAUCAGUGUGAUCUUACCCCUCAUUGAGCGAGGCGAGCUUCUGAUACCCAGUCGUGGGGAGACCAUCAAAGCUGGGCGUGGAUUCAGACUUCUUGCUAGCAUUCGCACUUCGCUCAGUGUGACCGGACAGGAGAAUGCACCUGCAUUACACAUGCUUGGGGCGAGACUUUGGCAGCGAGUACCAGUUCAGAUGCCCACGCAAGAUGAGUUCCGCGAAAUCAUCAGUGGCACCCAUCCGAUCCUUCACAAAUUUCUACCCGGUAUCAUUAAUGUCUACGAACGUCUGUACACAUUGUCCCACAAAUCGUCGUUUGCGUCGAAAAGCCGAACGUCUCUCGGCCGCCCGAUCAGUCCUCGUGAUCUUCUGAAAUGGUGUCGAAGACUGGACAGCAAUCUCGUUGCAGCUGGAUCUAGAACCGGCGAAGAACCAAUUACCGAUGCGACGAAAUAUGAGAUGUUCUUGGAAGCUGCAGACUGCUUUGCUGGAAGUUUGCAAACUGAAGAAACUCGAAAAAUCGUCAUUGCUGCGAUAGCCGAAGAAAUGCACAUUGAUCCGCAACGGGUUGAGCACUUCCUUACUUCACAUAUCCCACGGUAUGAAGAUACCGAGGCAGUAUUGACGAUUGGACGAGUGCGGCUGCCAAAACGAAGCGUAAAUCGCAUUACUAAACCAGCCAAGAAAGCAAGACCUUUUGCCAAUACUGCCCCUGCGAAGCGGCUACUUGAGCAAGUUGGGGUUGCUGUGAAGAUGGCGGAGCCAGUCCUGCUUGUUGGAGAAACUGGUAUUGGAAAGACAACCGUCAUUCAGCAGCUCGCGGAUUCUUUAGCCACCAAGCUCACAGCCGUAAAUCUGUCCCAGCAAAGCGAAGUAGGUGAUCUUCUCGGUGGUUUCAAGCCUGUAAACGUGAGAAGUCUUGCCAUUCCGCUCAAGGAUGAAUUUGAUGAACUCUUUGCAGCCACUGGCAUAUCUGCAAGCAAGAACCAGAAAUACAUCGAUCAACUGGCAAAGUCUGUUGCAAAGAGUCAGUGGAGCAAGGCCUCUAAGCUCUGGCGAGAGGCGCCUAAGAUGUUCCAACAUAUCAUUUCGGAACUGAGGAAGAAAGAGCAAACGAAUGGACGUCCUGCUGCCGAGCAACCUACCAAACGCCGGAAAACUGAAUCGAGAUUACAAUCAUUGCUCCACCUCAAACCUCGAUGGGAGAGAUUUUCCGAAAGCUUGAACCAGUUCGAUGUUCAACUUUCAGCUGGAUCGAAGGGAUUCGCUUUCACCUUUGUGGAAGGGAACAUUGUAAAGGCAGCCCGAAAUGGCGAAUGGGUAUUACUAGAUGAGAUUAAUUUAGCUUCCCCAGAUACCCUGGAGAGCAUAGCAGACCUUUUGCACAGCGGACCUGGCGGCAGUCCAUCAAUUCUCCUAUCUGAAACCGGCGAGAUCGAGAGAGUCCAAGCUCAUCCUGACUUUCGUAUAUUUGGUGCCAUGAAUCCAGCAACUGAUGUUGGAAAGCGGGAUUUACCAAUGGGGCUACGGUCACGAUUUACCGAGAUCUACGUCGAGAGUCCGGAUCGCAACCGCGAAGAUCUCCUAGCCGUUGUCAAAGCCUACCUGAAAGGAACAAGUAGCAGUGACGACAAGGCUGCUCUUGAUGUCACCUCACUUUACCUCGACACAAAACGUAGAGCAGACGACAAGCGCAUAGUAGAUGGAGCAAAUCAAGUUCCACACUUCAGUCUCCGAACGCUGACUCGGGUUCUGAGUUAUGUAACGGAGAUUGCACCAUCAUAUGGCCUGCGGAGAGCUCUAUAUGAAGGAUUCGCUAUGGGCUUUUUGACUCUACUCGACCGAGAAUCAGAAAAGUUGAUUAUACCUCUAAUCAACCAUCACUUACUAGAAAGCCACCCAAACCCACAGGCUCUUCUCUCCCAAACUCCGCGACAUCCCGAAGAUGGAAAGCAGUAUGUGAGAUUCAUGAACAAGAAGAAGGACCGCCAAUAUUGGAUGCUUCAAGGCAUGGAAGUGCCGGAGGAACAGCCUCAGUACAUCAUCACUCCAUUUGUGGAACGCAAUAUGCUCAAUCUCGUUCGAGCGACUUCAACUCGACGUUUUCCCGUUCUCGUUCAAGGACCAACCUCGUCCGGAAAAACUAGUAUGAUUGAGUACCUGGCUAAAUUCAGCGGGAACAAAUUCGUGAGGAUCAACAAUCAUGAGCACACUGACUUGCAAGAGUACUUAGGAACAUAUGUUUCGGGUGCCGAUGGGCAGCUUCGCUUCCAGGAAGGUCUCCUUGUUCAAGCCCUCCGUCAAGGCCAUUGGAUUGUGCUUGACGAGUUGAAUUUGGCUCCUACGGAUGUUCUUGAAGCUCUGAACAGACUACUUGAUGAUAAUCGCGAGCUCUUGAUUCCCGAGACACAAGAAAUUGUUCGACCACACGAGAACUUUAUGCUUUUUGCGACCCAGAAUCCACCGGGACUCUAUGGUGGCAGAAAAACACUCUCGCGAGCCUUCCGAAACCGUUUCCUUGAGCUCCAUUUCGAUGAUAUACCCGAGGAUGAGCUUGACUUCAUUCUAGAGAAACGUAGUCAAAAAGUUGCGCCUUCUGAUUGCAGGAGAAUUGUUUCCGUCUACAAAGAGCUUUCACGACUACGACAAUCAAAUCGCCUCUUUGAGCAGAAGGAUAGCUUCGCUACUUUGAGAGAUCUCUUCAGAUGGGCGCUUAGGGAUGCUGAUAAUAGAGAACAGCUUGCUGCCAAUGGAUACAUGCUACUGGCUGAGCGAGUUCGGAACCCCGAGGAGAGACUUGCGGUGAAAGAGGUCAUUGAGAAGAUCUUCAAGGUCAAGCUUGAUCCGAAUAUUCUUUAUGACGCCAGCCGCUGCCCCGAAAUUAACUCUUACGAUGCAACUUCAAAUACUCAAGGGGUUGUCUGGACGCAAGCGAUGCGGAGGUUGUAUGUACUCGUCGCACAUGCUCUACGGAACAAUGAGCCCGUUCUCUUGGUCGGUGAGACUGGCUGCGGCAAAACAACCGUCUGUCAAAUGCUGGGGGAUGCGUUUGCAAAGGAAUUGCAUAUCGUGAAUGCCCAUCAAAACACUGAGACUGGAGACAUAAUUGGUGCUCAACGACCGAUACGAAACCGCGCCGUAAUUUUGGAUCAAUUACGCCAGGACCUCGUCCAGGUUCUUCGUCUUGAAGACCAGGCGGCUCAAGCAGAUCUUAACAUUUUGGUGGCGGCAUACAGAGCCUUGUCUCCCUCCGAUCUUGUCUCAGUUUCAGAAGCAUUGCGAGGGCAAAUUGAGACGAGUCUUGUGAAGGCCAAGGCACUCUUCGAAUGGUCUGAUGGAAGCCUCGUUCAGGCCAUGAAAGAGGGACAAUUAUUUCUGCUCGACGAAAUUUCCCUCGCAGACGACUCUGUCCUUGAACGACUGAACUCAGUCUUAGAGCCGCAGCGCACUAUUCUGCUUGCAGAAAAGGGAGUUGAGGAUUCGUUCGUCCAGGCUGCAGAUGGGUUCCAAUUCUUCGCCACAAUGAAUCCCGGCGGCGACUAUGGCAAACGUGAACUGUCACCCGCAUUGAGGAAUCGUUUCACUGAGAUCUGGGUUCCAUCUCUUUCCGAACACGAGGAUGUGCUGCAAAUUGUAGAGGCCAAGCUUGAUGGCCCGCUGAAGAAGUUUUCCAGUGCAAUGGUCCAUUUUGCAGAAUACUUCGGUCAGAGUUAUCGCUCGUCUGCGUCAACCUCCAUUUCUGUUCGAGACGUCCUAGCGUGGGUCAAGUUCAUGAACGGAUGCAACACUCCCGACCCUUAUUUUGCAGUCCUCCAUGGCGCCUCAAUGGUAUACAUUGAUACUCUGGGUGCCAAUCCCGCUGCUCUUCUCGCCAUUAGCCCAGAAAGUAUUCGAGAAGAACGAGAAAAGUGCUUACAAGAGCUCAGCAAUCUUUUGCAGCACGAUGUAAGCACCAUCUACUCUAUUCCAGUUCAGCUCGUCAACAAAGACCAUCUGUUCACCAUUGGAGAAUUUUCAAUUCCCAAACAAGCCGGUGCGAGUCGCGAUCCUGGAUUUGCAUUUGACGCCCCCACAACCAAGCUGAAUGCAAUGCGUGUUCUUCGAGCCCUUCAAGUCCAGAAGCCGAUUCUGAUUGAGGGCAGUCCAGGUGUCGGCAAGACGACAUUGAUCGCUGCUCUGGCACGUGCCUGCAACAGACCUCUGACUCGAAUCAAUCUUUCGGAACAAACAGAUUUGAUGGAUCUUUUUGGAUCAGAUGUACCGGUAGAGGGAGCUGAGGCAGGUCAUUUCGCAUGGCGUGAUGCACCCUUCCUCCAGGCUAUGCAAAAGGGAGAGUGGGUGUUGUUAGAUGAGAUGAACCUCGCAUCUCAAUCAGUUCUCGAGGGACUGAACGCAUGUCUCGAUCAUCGUGGAGAAGUCUACAUAUCCGAGCUUGACCAGACAUUUAAACGUCAUCCUAAUUUCUCUGUCUUUGCCGCACAAAAUCCUCAUCACCAGGGAGGUGGCCGAAAGGGAUUACCGGCUUCUUUUGUUAACCGGUUCACCGUUGUCUAUGCUGACGUUUUUAGAAACGAGGAUCUUCAGCUAAUCUGCAAGCAUAAUUUCCCCGCCAUGUCCGAUGAGGUUGUAACAACAAUCAUCGGCUUUGUAUCUCAGCUUGAACAGGAAGUUGUGCACAAGCGUAGAUUUGGUUCUCAAGGAGGACCAUGGGAAUUUAAUCUGCGUGAUAUCCUGCGCUGGCUUCAACUACUAACGUCUCCCGCCCCAUUCCUAUCAGCUGUCAUCCCAUCAGAUUUCUUGAAUCUGAUCUUCCGACAACGAUUUCGAUCUUCUCGGGACCGACAAGAAAUUGACAAGAUAUUUGCCAACGUCUUUGGUGCGGCAGUCCCGUUCCGCCAUUUCUUCCACAACCUUAGCCCCGCCGCCUACCAAGUUGGUCUUGCCUACAUGCAGCGAGAUAGCCUUUUGCAACGCCUUCCUUUCCCCGCUAUUGAACACACCAGCCGAUUACCUGAAAUCGAAUCACUUAUGAUAUGUAUUCAGCAAAACUUACCUUGCAUCCUGGUCGGUCCAUCGGGAUCUGGCAAGACGACCCUCUUGCAGCACGUGGCCGCAGCAAGUGGGAAAUCACUUGUUGUGUUUCCUCUCAAUGCUGACAUCGAUACGAUGGAUCUUGUUGGAGGGUUUGAACAAGUUGACCCCCAACGAGCUGCAAGUGCCUUCCUUGAACAACUUACUGAUUUCCUCACCGAGCGAGUUUUGGUAUCUUUGCCUGCCAAGGUCCCCGAGGAAGCAAUCUUUCUGCUAGGACUUCUUAAACACCGCGAUACAUCUCCGUCGUAUUUCUCAAGCCUUGCUGAGAGUCUCCUUACACUGCACUCAAAGACGUCACUUCCUGAAUUCGAGAACCUAGCAAGCACCUGCCAACGCUUUGCCAGGACUGCCAUGACACUCGAAAACGCCCGUUUUGAAUGGGUAGAUGGUGUCUUGGUGAAAGCAUUGGAGCAAGGGAAAUGGCUUGUUCUCGAUAACGCCAAUCUUUGUAGCGCAUCUGUGCUCGAUCGACUGAACUCUCUACUGGAGCCAAAUGGAUUUUUGAGCAUUAAUGAACAUUGUGGUUCAGAUGGUGAGCCAAAGAUCGUUCGACCGCAUCCUGACUUCAGAAUCUUCUUGACGAUGGAUGCGAGGUUUGGUGAACUGUCGAGGGCUAUGAGGAAUCGUGCAAUUGAGAUCUUCCUCGAGCCCUUGCCUGCGUAUCCUCAGGUGUCAUUCGUCAAGCCCGAGGCCAAUAUUCUGAGAUAUCAGACGUUAGGCCAAGUAUUAGAAUCUCAGACCACAGAUACCAAACAAGCAAUCCUUCUGCAACAUGUAGCAUUGGACAACCUAGCUUGGUCUGACAUGUCCCUUCUUCCACGUUUCAUCGCUCAACACAACUCCAUCACAGCUUUCAAAUUCUCAAACAUAUAUCAAGCAUACAUGCAGAUCUAUCAAUCGCCCGAUAAUCAGAACUUCAGGACAUGCAUUGGAGAGGUGUUAAAUACAAUAUCUCAGAAGACCGCCUUGGUACCAGGCUUCAGAGACGCACAGAUUAUCCAUCCUCUUCAAAACUCGCCUUUAGUUUCAUUACUUCAGCAGUCUAGUGACCAUGUGUUCUGGCUUGCGGUCUGCUUCGAGUCCCUGCUCGAGGUCACUGCUGCAAUGGAGGCGCAGAUCGGUCAAGAGACUGGGAUUGAGGCACUGAAGCCGAGCAAGAUGAAUCGGCUGCAGAGAUCGCUUGUUCGGGGGCGGGUGCCAGCGGUUGCAAAGGACUCGACCGUCAACAUAUCGACAUUUCUUGCCCACUGUCUAGCGGUAUUGAAAUCUUACUUGCAAAGUAACAUUGCAGGUGGAGAUUGGAAAGUUCGAAAGCAGGCAAUUUUCACUUUGAUACAGUACUGGUGGGAUACAUAUCAUCUUGCCAUCGCGCCCUCAUUUGAAGAAGCAACUUUCCAAGCACAUUUGGCCCUUGGUGGAGAUCUCUUCGCCAGCGUUUUCAAGAUCACACAGCAUGAAAAACAUAUGGUUGCCACAAUACAGCAAAGCUUAAAUACCGAAUUUCGCUCUGGCUUUAAGUUGACCACUGGACUUAGCAUGGAAGUUCUCUGGAAACAGCUGCGGCCCAUCGUCAUUCCUAAUCUGACUGUUAUGGGAACGCUGGGUGAAAUGGACAAACUGGCAAAACGAUUCGAUGCUCUUCGAUGGAAGAUAUCGAUCUCAAUCUCGGAGCUUGGAAGUAUCAUGAGCUCCCUCGUAAAAGCCUAUCGUCUCAUCCUCACAUCAGACGUGGAUGGCGGAAGUCUAGUCCAAACACUGCGCGCCGAACUCGAGCUAUUGGAAGCUACAAUUGGUAAGGCAGAUAACAUCAAUGGAGAUAGCACAGAUACGACAGUUGUGGAACCAUUUAUGGCCUCCGAAUUCGAAGCCCUCCGCCAAUUCGAGUCACUCGAGAACUUGCGAUCAGGGGAAGCGGUAGAGGCUACGCCUGAUAUGGAGACGAUUGUUCUAGCGAACCUCCCAACAACUUCCGAAUUGCGCCUCGCUACCUCAACUGCCACUUCGCGCCCAAUGCAGACCAUUGACUACCUCUGGGACCAGGGGCCUGAAUUCCAGCUCAUCUCGGAUACCUUCUCUACUUCUCUAUUGCGCAAACUUCAUAAUGUUGGGGAUGUUCAUUUGAAGUCACUCAAGUUAUUGGAGACUGAGCUGCCGACUAUGGGAGCGAAAAUCGCCAAGUCUACUGCCACCAUCUGCCGGGAUCAGCUUCUAGAUUUGAAUGGGGUCCUUUCGAGCAUGAUGAUUAGCGUCAUUGCUACUCACGAUGAAAGGUUUUCAAUUGACUACAGCGCCUGGACUCGUUCGCUCAGUAAUGCAACCAGUGUUGGAACCGUAGACCUAGACGAGACUUUAUCGUCAAUAGUUCGACGGGUUAAAGCUCCUUCCACAGUUCACCUAGCAGACAACCUUCGAGAAGUGCUUUCAAACCAGUUCAGCCUUGCGUCCGUCUGCCUUACGACGGCUAGGUCUACAGCCGGGUACGGAAUGCAAUCUUCAGCUCUCGCAUGGGUACAGUUUGCAGUUGGGUGUAUCACUCUCUAUGUACCUGAUCGGGCCUUUGAUCCUGAUAAGAGACAGCGCCUCGAACGAGAACGACAUCAAAAUACCCGCGAGAUGCUUCAAAACAAGCUUUCAGCUCUCCAGCAAUUCGAAAAGAUCUUCUCCGGACAAGAAUCGAAUAUUCGAUGCCAACUUUUAAACUCCGAAAUUGAAGAGUUGGGUGAGCCGCCCGCAAUUAUGCAGGAAAUUUAUCGUCCCGAGGUUUCCGAAUUAGAUCAACUUCAGGGGUUCUUUGCCAAUGUUCUGAAAACUGUCGUGGCCUCAGACCUACGCGGCACCCUCAUGAGCUAUUUCAAUGACAGAGAUGAGAAUGCUUCGAAUGAUAUCAAGUUGUGUCAAAGCAAUGUUGCCCAACUCAUACGCCACCUGUCACAUUAUCAAGCUUACAAUGAUAUCACGACUCCUGUCAUCAGUAUGCUGCGUUGUUUGCAGAUUGGUCUCGCAAUGGCAACUAUUGUCUCAAGUGAUUCGCGUGCAACCUCUUCGGCUAUCAUCAAAGUUACUCCCUUCCUCGGCGGAGGUCCUACCUCUAUUGAUAGCAGUGGCCUUUUGAGUCACCCAAUGGAAUUUUUAGCGCUCGCAGAAGUUACGGCAAACACAGAGAAGCUUUCCUCCUUCCAAAAACCCCAACGUAAUGCACUUCUCAAAACAUUCCAUGAUUGCUUCAUGCAAUGGGAGGAGCGCCUGAAAACGGAUCGUGCCGAGGCGGAGUCUGCUUCAGGCUUGUAUCGUUUCCGUGGCAGUGCCGAAGAUGAAGAUGAGGACGAUGCAGAGGAGUUCAACGAACUCUUUCCGGCCUACGAUGAAGCAUCCUCAAGCUUGCCAAGUGGGAUUUCGUCCUCUAGUACAGCCAGGGAUACCGCUGUGAACAUCGCUCAGGUUCAUGCCAAUAUUUUCCUCGGUGCGGCAACACCGUCAGACAGCAUUAUAAGUUUCAUUCAACACAUGUCUAAACAGAUCAGCGCGCGUCAUGAAGAUGGAGCUCAAAGUAACCAACGGAACAUGACUGCUUCAAUCCUCCCAGGAAGUCUUUUACUUCUCGACCAUCAAAUAGAGGCUUUGAGCCCAACAUCAACAGUACCCGAAUCGUAUAAUUUCUACACGGAUGCCAAUCUACCCGAGGCCCGAAAACUUGUCACACUCGUCCACCAAAUCCAACGUCGCUUCCGAGAACUACAAUCAGUUGAUGAAAUCGCUCACAUGCAGACCCUUGAAGAUGUGUUAGCUUCUUGUCGAGAUUUGCUCAACUUUCGCCACACCGACCCCAUAGCAAAGAUCAUCACCAAAGUCGAAAAAGUCCACGAAUUCAUGCACGAAUGGCAACACGGUGGCUGGGCUAGCCGCGUGAACUCUGCUCUUCCGCAAUAUGAUAACCUGACCUCUACAAUUGUCAGUUGGCGACGCCUGGAACUCUCAACGUGGGCGAAAUUGUUUGAUAUGGAGACUAAGAAGUGCGAGGAUGCCGCCAGAGCUUGGUGGUUCUUUGCAUAUCAGAUUAUCGUGGCCGCACCGUUAGGAAUCUCCGGCGAUCACGAGGAGCUAAGGAAAUACGCUUCGAGGCUGCUCGGAGACCUAGAGGCUUAUUUCAAGACAGCCGUUGUUGGGCAAUAUGUGGAACAACUUCAACUACUUAAGCAAUUACAGAAACACCUCGAGGUGAUCAUGAUCGACGAGCCAUCAAUGGCGAUUAUCAACUCAGCUCUUUCAAACUUCAUUUCUCUCUAUGCUCGAUAUGAGAAGCCAGUUCAAGAGACCCUCAAGAAGGGGAGGGUGUCACUGGAGAAGGCUAUGAAAGAUGUACUGUUACUGGCUAGUUGGAAAGAUACGAAUAUUGUUGCACUCAAGGACAGCGCCAAGAGAUCUCAUCACAAGCUUUUCAAGAUCGUUCGAAAAUUCAGGGCUCUACUUAGCCAACCGAUGCAAUUCAUUAUCAGUCAAGGUAUUCCAGAUGAAACUUUCUCGGAAGGACAUAAUCUGUACUCGCCUUCGGUACUACUUCCAACGGUGGACCAAUCUGCUCUAGCUCUGUGCGCUACAUUUGUCCCAAAGUGGUCACAAAAGAGCAAGAGAUUUGUCAAUGUGUCUAAGACUGUCGGCAUGAUGGUUGAUGCUAGUCAGCUCCCUGAAUCUACCUUGGAAGGAUCAGCGUACCUUGAUUCCUUCUUGGGCAACAUCAUUACCUCGAUUGCCGAACUCCAAAAAGCCACGCCAUCCGUCCUAGACGAAGAAAAUAAAGUCACAGUCAAGCAUCUGAAGACUAGAAAGCGGAAGCUGUUUGCAGAUACGCUCAAAGAGCUUCGUCAAAUGGGAAUAAAGUAUAACCUCAGCGCUGAUGCACUCGCCAAGCAAAACUCUCUGUCUGUAUCUCUUGUGAACGUCGGAAACCUGACUCCACGGCCAGAUGUUGAUAUCUCUGGGCUGGAAUACUACUUCCACAAGUCCAUUGAUUUAGCUCCGCUUGCUCGAGACGCCGCGCAGAAACAUUCUGAAGAUUUGAGCAGUGCCGAGGUCGCACGAAGUACCGGAUUCCUUGAAGGCAUCCUUCAAAUAGUUUUGGCUCAGCAUGAUGUGCUUUCUGGGGCUGUCACGAAUCUUUCGGAACUCGAAGUCAACAUCGUAAUGAUGAAAGGGCUUUGGGCUCCUAGCAAGUAUGACUUCAGUCUCUCAGAAGACAUUUCGAGUCACGAGAAACUCUUGCGGUGGUUGCCGAAAAUUUUGAUUGUUGCCUUGGACCUCAUCAAUAUUCAUUCGAAACUGGGUAAGAUUGACUCCCAGAACAUCCAGAACACCAUCAUGUCGUGGAAGGAGAAAUUCGACAUUUUCUCUGUUGAAUGGGAUUCUUUGCCCUCUCUUCCUCCACAAAUAAUCUCAACCGAGCGUUUGACCAUCGAACAAGAAAUUACUCGCUCUACGCAACAGCUCAGAACUCAGAUAUCUGCGCUGAGUGCUGACCGUCCUGAUUUGGCGUUCAUCAUUGACCAGAUCACACCGUGGACCGAACUUACAUCCGAAUCUGUAACCGAGAAACUGCCUCAGAGAAGUAUCACAGAUCUAGACAGCAAACUUUCUACUGUGUGUGACGCUAUCCUGGUCGCCACUGAGAAGCACAAGAACGCGAUAAGCGAGUUACCUUCUUCUACUGAAGAUCCCAGCUGGCUUUCCAAGAACGACAGUUCUCUCUCAAAUAGUCUCACUUCUCUGCACGUUAAUAACAUAGUCUCCCAAAUGAGCGAAGCAUUUGACAUCCUCCGCUGCCUCAAUCUACAACAAUCAAGCACUAGUAAGGCAGCAGGUGCAGUAUUCGCAGUCGCACUUCCGAUCUUCCAGCAGUACUUCAACAUCCUUCAGCAGUCGGUCGUUCGAUACGCACAGCUCCACCGCGCCACCUGCAAGACAUCAUACAUUCUGACCAAAACCUUCAUACAGAUAGCAACCCAAGGUUUUUGCACUCCAUCUGAGAAAUCCGAUGCUCAAGAUGGCAAGACCGAUAAACUCGAAGGCGGCACAGGUCUUGGCGAAGGUGAAGGAGCGGAAGAUAUCAGUAAGGACAUUCAGGAUGAUGAGAAUCUGGACGAACUUGCGCAGGAGCCAGAUACCGGCGAGAAAGGUGAAAUGGAGGACGAAAAAGAUGCAGUUGAUAUGGCAGAUGGAGAUAUGGAGGGUGAGAUGGGCGAAGGAGAAGAGAAAGGCUCAGAAGAUGGUGGUUCUGACGGCGAGGAUAAUGCAGAUGAUAUGGACGAGGAGGCUGGGGAUGUGGAUGAUUUGGACCCCACUGCUGUUGAUGAGAAGAUGUGGGAUGGAGAUGGGGAACAAGCUGAAAAGGAUCAAGAGGGUGAUGAUUCGAAAGGCAAGCAGAGCAAGGAUGAGCAAGUUGCUGCGCAGGAAAAUGAUAAACAGGGUGCUGAGGGCGAUGAAGGGGAGGAUGAAGAAGAGGAGAUGGCCGGUGCUGAUCAAGGUGAAGAGAUCAAGCAAGAUGAGGUGGAGAAGCAUGACCCACAUGCCCAAGAAGGAGAAGCUCUUGAUUUGCCUGAAGAUAUGGAAUUAGAUGGGAAGGAAGAGGAGGGUGAUGUUUCUGGAAGCGAAGACGGGAUGGAUGAUCUCUCCGAUGCGGAGCAAGAUGAAAAGGACGAUGAGGUAGUGAAUGAUGGCCAAGAGCAGGAAGGUGCCGAGAAUAUGGAUCAACAAGAAGACCAAGAUAUUGGUUCUGAUAUGGACGUGGCAGAUGUUGACGAAGAGCAGCCAGAAGGCAAUCAGACAGAGGAGGCCGGCGAAAAGGUUGAUGAACCAGAACAGCCACCGGAAGAUCAAGAAGGCCUUCUGCGAGACCGAAAGGACGAUGCCAAUACUGAUGUAGAUGCCGUUCCCAGCGACGUUCAAGGGGUUGGUGAAGAUCAAGACGAGAACUCAGCAGACCAAACCGAGUCCGCAAACAAAGCUCAGAGAGAGGAUGGCGGUCAGGGCGGUGAUUCUUCCGAACAGAAAGAAGCCGCUGCUGAAGAUGGAGAGAAGGGGCAUCAAGCAAACGGAGAAGCACCUCAAGAUUCAAUGGACGAUACGCAAGAUAGUUCUUCUGCCCAGCCAUUCAAGAAACUCGGCGAGGCACUCGAAAGAUGGCAUCGACAGCAAACCAAAAUUCGACAACCUUCGGAGCAGAAGGAUGAACAGAAUGUCGAUGUCAAUACGGAAAGCAACGAGUUUCAGCAUUUGCAAGAUGAAAACGCUCAAGCAGAUACACAGGCUCUUGGCACUGCUACCGAAGACCAAGCUCACGCCCUUGAUGAGUCCAUGGCCGUUGACUCCGAGAGCAAGGAAAUGCCAGAUCAGUUCCAACCGGAGGAAGUCGAAAAGGACGAUGUCGAUUACGAUAUGACAGAACCUUCAACACCCCAAGAGCCAUCCGAUGCGUAUGAAGGCCGUGCCGGUGCAAUGAUCAACCAAGCCAAAGAAGACCGCGCUUCAUCACCAGACGCUCCCCGUAUCCAACCUCUCGACGACCUCGAAGAAGAUGUAGAAGAAGUCGACACUCAGCUCGAGAGCACACACCUCGACGUUACUUCCAUGCGCACCGCAGCUGACGCCCGUCAACAAUGGACACACUACGAAGCCCUAACGCGAGAUCUCUCCCUGUCUCUAACAGAACAACUCCGCCUCAUCCUCGCCCCAACCCUCGCAACCAAAAUGCGCGGCGAUUUCCGAACCGGCAAACGCCUCAACAUCAAACGCAUCAUCCCCUAUAUCGCAUCUCAGUACAAACGCGACAAGAUCUGGAUGCGACGCAGCGUACCCAGUAAGCGCAGCUACCAAAUCAUGCUCGCCGUCGAUGAUAGCAAGAGUAUGGGCGAGUCCGGCAGUGGAUCCUUGGCUUUCGAGACGCUCGUCAUGGUGUCGAAAUCCUUGAGCAUGCUUGAAGUAGGCGAGAUCUGCGUUGUGGGCUUUGGCGACGAUGUCAAAGUAGCGCAUGAUUUUGAGACGCCGUUCUCUUCCGAUGCAGGCCCGAAAGUCUUCCAAAACUUCGGCUUUCAGCAGAGUCGGACAGAUGUCACGCGCUUGGUUAGAGAGAGUAUUGAACUAUUCCGCGCGGCGAGGCAGAAGAGUCGCAAUGCGGAUCUUUGGCAGAUGGAACUUAUCAUCUCUGAUGGCGUCUGCGAUUCUUCUGAGCAUGAAGCUAUUCGUCGACUACUAAGAGAGGCAUUGGAAGAGAGAAUCAUGAUCAUCUUUGUUGUCGUCGAUGAUGUGAGGAAUAAGAAGAAAGGGGAGAGCGUCAUGGAUCUGAAAGAGGCGAAGUUCCUCGAGAAUCCGAUGACUGGGAUCAAGGAUGUUAAAAUCGUCAGGUAUCUAGAUACAUUCCCAUUUCAGUAUUAUCUGAUUGUUAGCGAUGUCAAAGAGUUGCCAGGCGUGUUGGCGACCCUUUUAAGGCAGUGGUUUGCGGAGGUUGUGGAUUCUUCUAAUUAG